UUCUUCUUCGAACAACACAAAGAAAGAAGUAACAAAGAAGAUAACAACAAAGACGAAAGCAGUGAUUUACACGAAUCUAUGAGGUUUCUUGCCACUUUCCCAAACGUUCGUGUAUAAAUCCAUCAUCAUUGUUAAUAAAUUCUUCAAGUUAGUUCAUAUAUUUUUGAGGCCAUAGUUGAAUUUUCUUCUGAGCCAAACAAUGGAUCAUGGAAGUGGUUACUCAAAUCCUCAUUGGAGGGCUGUUGAUUCACCUUUGAUCAAAAAAGACCCGUUUAACGUCCCUGCCAGAGGAUUAAACAUCGUGUGGGGGAACGACUCACGUUACUGGCAAUGGAACAAAAUCAAGGAAGAGGAAAGGAAAAUCCAAGCUGAGGAAGUCGCAGUGCUGUUACAAGUAAACUGGCUUGAGGUCACCGGGAAAAUUGAUUUGAAUAAUUCCUUUGUGGCAAAUCAAGCCUACACAAUAUACUAUGUCAUUAAGUUCCGAGCCGAUGCAUUUGGCUGGCAUUCAGCUCCGAUCAAGUUCAAGGUUCGAGUUAAUGGAGAAGAAACGGGGCAUGAAACCCGUGUAUUGGAGUCCUACAGGGUGAAACAUGAUGAGUGGCAUGAGGUCCCAGGGGGAGAUUUCGUAGUGCCAACCAAGGCAGAAGGAAAUGUUGAAUUUGGAAUGUUUGAGACUGAUAGUGACUGGUGGAAGGGUAGUAUGGUCAUUGCAGGUAUUAAUAUUAAGGCCAAAGCAUGAUGAGAAAGGGGGGCUUUUGUUAUUGUUAAUGUUAAAGAGUGUGUUAUGAAGUUCAUAAUAACUAAGUUUGCUUCUUCAUGGGAUUUUGUUGUUCUUUUAGUUGUGUGAAAUCGUGUUCGCUUAAAAAAAUUUAACAAAAAAAAAAAUGUUAAUAAAUAUUUUCUCGUAGGACAAAUAAAAUUGUUUAUUUUGGUUCUUGUAUGUAUUUUAUAUGUGGUAUGAAGCCACUAUGGAGGCCCCUUUUUGUUCAACACUCUAUUGAUAUUUCUUUUGAUGAAUAAAUGUUACGCUGUUUCUCUCUC